GGUAGAGGAGUUGUUCAGAACGUGGGUAGUACAGYUCAACAUCUGAACAAGAUCYUUAGAAACUGAUCCACCAGAUUUCAGUCAUCAAUUAUUGGAGUAAUGGAGUCUAUGUAUGUUACCAUCAUCGUAUUGUAUUUCUCCAUCUCCAAUGUCCUCGGACAAUCUCAUUGUGUUGGCACCUGCUAUUCUGGAAAACUUUUCCCAGAGCCCCAAGACAUCUUCCAUGGAAAACAUCUCAAGGGGCACUCCUACAACAACAUCACCACUGAUGAUCCAGUCAAGUGCUACUCAUCUUGUGUCCAAGAUUGUCGUUGUAAGGCGUGCCAGAUGAAAGAUGCAAGGUGUGAGUUGCUGGAUGAGGACAAGACUUCAAAGCCUAGUGAUUUUUUAGUAGAACCAGGAUACGUUUAUUUUGAUCUCCAGCAGACAAUGUUUCAGGGGGCMUCGCAUCUGAUGCCACCAGGUAUCCAGUGCUACAAUGGCUGUUGUCGAUCCCAGCCUUGUAUGAACGGAGGGACAUGCGUAGAGCACUGCGAAUCACCAAAGGAAAAGUUCACCUGUACUUGUCGUACAUCAUUCCAUGGUAAAGUAUGCGAAAGGAAAAUCACGCCUGCAUCUUGUCUCGAUAUCAUGAAAUCUCAGCCUCUGGGGAAUUUCCCCACCAAUGGUCCAUAUASCAUAACCCGAGAUGACAAUUCUAGACAGAAAGUUUUAUAUUGCGCAUUUGAACAACCAAAUAAGGCUUGGACUUUGAUAGAAUCAUACGCCAUGUCCUAUAUUGCCGAAUACAGAAGCGUGGCCCUUCAUCAAAACGAAUUUACGCGUAGUGCCAACAACCCUAAUUGGAUUAACUACCGUUUGAAUCUUAAUAUAAUAAAGUACCAACGCUYAAGGUCAACUAUGUAUCGUUUCACGUGCGACUUUCCAUACAGAUCCUCAUUGGUUCCCGACUAUCUCUUUGGUUACCUACGUGACUAUGACAUCAUUGACCAUGGUGAUGUAGAAAGAAAAUGUUUCAAGUUUGCUCACAUCAACAUCAAGGGCCAUGAUUUCUUUAACAAAACAGCAUUCAUAUAUCAAAAAGUUAACAUUUACCAUUUUCACAUGGAGGCUUGCAAAUCAGGUUGUGACAUCAGCGUACCAAAUUGCGAUUACAAGGAAGAAUAUUUUGGAUAUUAUUCCCCAGUUUCUAGAACAACUGUAUGCACAGCAAGAGAGAACUCCACCAAUCAGUUUUGGUUGGGAGAGGAGUUGUAA